AUGAAUGAGUUUAAUGGUUGCCUUUAUGCUUUUGAGCUUGAUGAUCUUAGGUUUUCGGGCUGUUUUUUCACUUGGGCCAAUAAACAGGACCAUGCUCAUCAUGUCACCACCAAAUUGGAUAGGGUUCUGGUUAAUGAACAGUGGAUGAAAGACUAUUCCUGUUCUUCAGCUCAUUUUCCCACCCCAGGGAUCUCUGAUCACUCUCUAGUCUGGAGGAAAGUGAUCUUUGGAAAUCCAAUGUUCUGUGUUUGUGAGAAACUCAAACUGUUACAAGGGGAGUUUAAGAUUAUCAACAUUAGAGACUUUAGUGAUGUCUCUAAGAGAGUUGUGGACACUAGGCAGCUUCUUGAGUCUUUGCAGAAAGAUUUGGGUAGUCAAUCUUCUAACCUCUCUGUUAUUAGCCAGGAGAAAGAGGUCCACAAGCAACUUCUCACUUUACUGAGGACCGAGGAAAGUCUGGCUAAACAAAAGUCAAGAAUUCAGUGGUUGAAACUAGGGGAUCAGUGCAUUUCUUAUUUCUUUAAAGCUGUGAGCAGCUCCCGUAAUAGGAGUAAGAUUACCAGUUUGGUGUUGGAUGAUGGGUCCCUCAUUAAUGACAUUACGGAUAUCAAAUCUAAUUUUGUUAAUUUCUAUACCAAUUUGCUUGGCACAGCCCACCCUACCUCUUAUCAUGGGCUAUCCAGGAUCCAACAGGUAUUAGGUAGUCGAUUAUCCGAUAGCGCCAAAAGUUAG